GAGGAGAAAAGAAGGGCAGUGAGAAAGGCAGGGGAGAAGCAAAAACCUUACCAACUCAUUUGUUUUUCUGAGAAUAGGCCCUAAACUCUGAUACCCAUGGAUGCUGCAGAAUUCCGCAAGAGAGGGAAGGAGAUGGUGGACUAUGUUGCAGAUUACCUGGAGAAGAUAGAGAAACGACAGGUAUUCCCAGAUGUGGAACCAGGAUACCUACGGCCCCUCAUCGCAGACUGUGCACCCCAGGAUCCUGAGAGCUUUGACGAUGUCUUUAAAGACAUUGAGAAGAUCAUUAUGCCAGGGGUGACUCACUGGCACAGUCCGUACUUUUUUGCCUACUUCCCUUCAGCCUCUUCCUUCCCAGCUCUUCUUGCAGAUAUGUUGUGUGGUGGAAUAGGAUGUGUGGGCUUCUCUUGGGCUGCAAGUCCAGCUUGCACAGAGCUGGAGACUGUCAUGCUGGAUUGGCUAGGGAAGAUGGUUAAUUUGCCUGAGGAGUUUUUAGCUGGGAAGGAUGGCCAAGGUGGAGGAGUCAUUCAGGGAAGUGCAAGUGAGGCCACCCUGAUUGCACUGCUUGCUGCAAGGACAAAGACUAUCAGACAGGUGCAGUCAGAGAAGCCUGAGCUGACAGAAACAGAGAUCAUGGGCAGGCUAGUGGCUUAUGCUUCUGAUCAGGCUCAUUCAUCUGUGGAAAGAGCUGCACUAAUUGGUGCUGUGAAGAUUAAAAAUGUUCCUUCAGAUGACACAUUCAGCGUUUGUGGUUCAGCCCUGAAGAAAGUACUGGAUGAAGACAAAGCUGCUGGUCUUAUACCAUUCUUUUUCUGUGCAACACUUGGAACCACCCCUUGCUGCUCCUUUGACAAACUGUUAGAACUGGGUCCUAUUUGUAAUAAGGAAAAUAUCUGGAUGCAUAUUGAUGCAGCCUAUGCAGGAAGUGCUUUCAUCUGCCCUGAAUUCAGGCAUCUUUUAAAUGGAGUGGAGUUUGCAGAUUCAUUUAACUUUAAUCCUCACAAAUGGCUCCUAGUGAAUUUUGACUGCUCUGCAAUGUGGGUGAAAAAAAGAUCAGAUUUAAUAGGUGCCUUUAAAUUAGAACCUCUUUACCUGCAGCAUCACCAUCAGGAGUCUGGUCUUGUAACAGAUUAUCGGCACUGGCAAAUCCCCCUGGGCAGGAGGUUCCGCUCCCUGAAGCUCUGGUUCGUGCUGAGGAUGUACGGGGUCAAGGGGCUGCAGGAGCACAUCCGCAAGCACAUUAGACUGUCGCAUCAAUUUGAGCACUUAGUCCUUCAGGAUGAGAGGUUUGAGAUCUGUGCUGAGGUUGUUUUGGGACUGGUCUGCUUCCGGCUGAAGGGCUCAAAUGAACUAAAUGAGGCACUUCUAAAAAGUAUAAAUGAUGCCAAGAAGAUCCAUCUGGUCCCGUGCCACCUGCGAGAGAAGUUUGUGCUACGUUUUGCUAUUUGUUCCCGCACAGUGGAAUCCACCCACAUCAAGUUUGCCUGGCAGCACAUCUCACAGCUGGCAACUGAUCUUCUGAAAACAUGGGAACAAAAUCAUCACCAGCAGUAGCAGCAGUGAAGUAUAAGUGGAGAUGAGGUAAUUAACUGGCUUUCUCUGUGUUGCCAAGUUUUAUUUUAGGUGCAGGUGGGAAAGUCAAACUAUGAAGGAAAAAAGUACAAAACCUGUUGUUAUAUAGCCCAGCUGCAGUAGCAAAAUCCUUGCCAAGUUGAGUUGUAACCAUAGUCAUUCCUUCUCUGUACUGUAGUUUCAUCUUGCCUGUUUCCAGGAUGCACAUAGCCAAGGAGAAUUGAGCUGUCAUUUCUUACCAGUUUGUAGUCAAGAGCAUUUGUUCAACCAAGCAAUGGAAAUGGAAGGGUUGGUGCUCCCUCCACUGUCCCCAUUCACCUCUAGCACACCCCCUCCUUUCUUCACAGAUGAAAUUAAGAGGUCUUAUAACCAGUUAAUUUAACAUUACUAUGACUGCAGGAAGAACCCAAGUUGGGGAAGUUUAGUUCAGGUUCUAAAUAUGUUAGUAUCUGAAUAGGCAUGCACAAAUGUUGCCAAGAUUUGGGGCACUAUCAUGUCACGAUACACUUGCUGCAGGAAUUUUGUAAAUGAACAAAGGACAAAGGACUUCAAGACUUCCUUCAUUGCAUAGCCAGACUUAGGGGAAUGAGCACUAAUCAAUUACUAAUUAUCCUUCUCACAGGUUCUCUACUUUCCCUAAAUUGUUUGCUUUUAAAACAGCCAUUUUGUCAAAUUCCCGCAAAUAAGUUAUGCUGGCUAUUGGUUUCCAUACUGAUCAUUCAUAAUGAGGUCCCUGAAAAGCUCCUCCUAAAGAAUUUUGUCAACAGCUAUGUGCUACCUGGUAUUCUAUAUUUUUAAUCAAGUUAUUAUCAGCAGUGAUUACUUGAAAAUAGUCAGUAAGAUAUGUUCUGCACAACUGAGUUGUGAUUUUUUUAUAGCUACCAUUUUGAUUACUUCAUGGUGUAAUAAAUCUUUGACAAAAUGUGCUAAGAAAUGUGAUGUCAAAAAUAUUAUUACUCUUGGUUUCUCAAAUUAGCUAGGAAACGAGUAAGCAAGUGACAAUAAAAAUAAAAAGUAAGAGAACGAAUCCCCCAUAU